AUGUGUAGGGCGGAUGGGUGCUUGUUGUAUCUGUCCGUCUGUCUGACGCUGGUCCUGGCUAACCCAGAAGCAAGGCGGCUUUACGACGACCUCUUGUCCAACUACAACCGGCUCAUCAGACCCGUCGGCAACAAUUCGGACCGGCUCACAGUCAAGAUGGGACUCCGACUCUCUCAACUCAUCGAUGUCGGUGCUAAUUUUGUUCAGGUAUCACAGCCAAAUCUCCUAAUUGACUUUAUCAAAGCAAUGUAA